UGUCUUUACUAUAUAAAUCCUAUGUAAAUAUAUAUACACAUGUGUACCAAAAUUCACUAACGUCGAUAACAGAUGAUAACGUUCCCUACUUUUUGACAAUCGCCUCUACGUUAUCGACACUUUGUUUGGUUCGAAGACACGUGCCAAAAAGCCAAGUAUAAACUUCGGGAUGAGCUGAAUGCACAGUGUUUUGUAACUACCAAACUGGAAAAAAAUAUUUUGGAGACACGUAUAUAUUACAGAUUACAUUGUGUUGAACAGUAUAAUUAAUAAUAAUGGAUGAAUUACUGAAAGAUGCGCGUUUCGCGCACGUUGCGAAAGAUCCGAAAUUUCGACAUAUUCCCAAAGCUGAGAGGAAAGUGAAAAUUGACAAACGAUUUCAAGGCAUGUUUAAAGAUAAAAAGUUUGUUGUAACAUAUACUACCGAUAAACGUGGUAGGCCGGUUAAUCAAAGCACUACAGAGAAUCUUAGAAAAUAUUAUGAUCUACCUAGCAGCGAAGAAGAAGAAGAGGAAAAAGAAGAAGAAGAAGGUGAAUUAAAUGAAGAUACUUCUGUAUCAUCUGCAAGUAAGGAAACUAAAACAAAAGAAAGUACCAAGAAUAUCGAGAAUAAAAAGAUAAAGAAUAAGAAAAAAAAGAAGGAAACAGCAAAAGAAACUGAUUCAAACUCUGUGAAAGAUUCUGUAAACACAAAAAAUAAAGAGGGAAGGAGUGAUGAUGAUUGUUCUCCUAGUAAUGAGAAUUUGAUACAGAUAAAGUCAAAAAAGGAAGAUAAUUCUGAUGAUGGAUCAGAUAAAUCCUCAAAUGACACUGAGGAUGAGAGUGUUGAGGAAAGAUUAUCCCAAGUAGAUUUAGAUGAAAAUGAAAAGCAGUUGCACAAAAGAAGAAAAAAUGAGAACAGCAAACUUACAAGUGAAGUUAAAAAAAGAUUAAAAGAUCUUAGUGUGAAUUAUGCUAGGGGUGAAGGUGUCUUAUUGACUGAUAGUUCUUCAGAAGAAGAAUCAUCUGAAGCUAGUGAUGAUGAAGAAAUUGAGCAUGACUGGGGUGAACUAGACAAAGAUGCUGAGACAACAGAUAAGAUUACACAUAAAUUAGCCAUUUGUAACAUGAAUUGGGAUGUAAUACGUGCUGUUGACUUAAUGAUUCUGUUAAACUCCUUUUUACCUAGUGGUGGAUUUCUUCGUUCAGUCACAAUUUAUCCUUCAGAAUACGGUCAGCAGCGAAUGAAGGAAGAAGAAAUUAGUGGACCAAAGGAACUAAAAGAUGAUAACAUUAACAGUGAUGAUGAAAAUGAAGAUAAUGAAGAAGGAGCACAAUAUCACAUGGAGAAACUGAGACAAUACCAGUUGAAUCGAUUGAAAUAUUAUUAUGCUGUUGCUGAGUUCGACUCUGCUGAAACAGCAAAUAAAGUAUAUACAGAAUGUGAUGGUAUUGAAUAUGAAUCAACCUCGAAUCGACUAGACCUCAGAUUCAUACCAGAUGAUAUGACAUUUGACCAAGAACCUAAAGAUACUUGUAAUGAAAUACCGACAAAGUAUCAACCAAGGCAGUUUACGACAACAGCUUUGCAACAAGUUAAGGUUGAUUUAACGUGGGAUGACGUAGAUCCAGACAGACAAGAAUUUUUGCAAAAAGCAAAUUCAGGAAAACUGGAAGAUAUCGACGAAAGUGAUCUGCAUAAGUAUUUAGCGAGUGGUAGCGAAGAGUCGGAUACAGAGGAGAAGAAAAACGAAAGCAACGUGGCUGACGGUGAUUUAGAUUCGAAGGUGAAAAAUGAUCCAAUCGAAAAAUACAAAGCUCUGUUGAGAUCUAUUGAAGAAGAAGAAGAGAAAACGAAAAACAAGGAUGUUGAAUUAGAAGUCACCUGGGAUGUAGGCGCGAAAGAAAAGGUCGAGGAAUUGGUCAAAGAGAAGAUGAAAAAUAACGAAGAGCUCACGCCUUUCGAGCAAUAUUUAGAGAAGCGUAAAGCAAAGAAGAAAGCUAAGAGAGAAGAGAGGAAGCAGAAAGAGAAGAGUCAAAAGGACGAUUCAGAAGAUUCCAUACCAUCUGAUGUAAAUUUGAACGACGAAUACUUUGCCGAGGAAUUGAAAACCGGUAAAUCAUUAUCUCGUAAAAAGAAGAAAAAAGACGAAGAAAAAAAUGUAUCGAACGAUGAGGAAGAGGAUCGACGUAAAGCAGAGUUAGAAUUACUCUUAAUGGAUCAAGACGAGGACGGUGCUAAGAAACACUUUAACAUGAAGGAAAUCGAAGAAAACACAUCACUAUCCAAGUCCAAACGGAAACGUCUCAGCAAGAAGAAGGCGCAAGAAGAAACGAAGGAAGACAACUUCGAAGUCGAUGUUAAAGAUCCUAGAUUCACCGCUUUGUUCACGUCACAUCACUUCAACAUCGAUCCCACAGAUCCGCAUUACAGGAAGACAAAGGGUACGGAGGUCUUGGUCAAUGAAAAGCUGAAAAGAAGAGCCGAUGAUGCGGCACGUGUAGAAGACAUGUCGGAAACGCAAUCCAAGAAGUCAAGGAUAAACGAGAAGCUAUCCAUGGAAUUGCAAGCAUUAGUUAAGUCCGUGAAAAGAAAAACACAAAAUAUUAUGCAACCAAUAAAGCGAUAAGUCGGUCAUUUAGUUCUGUAUGGAUUAUAGACGAUUAUUAGUCGUUUAUAAUGUAUAAAGUCUAUUUUAUUGUCAAAAUAAAAAAUUAGAAAUAAUCGUGCGC